AUGAAGAGCCAUUCCUUGUAUCGAUUGAAAUAUGCACGCUAUAACCAAAAGGACCAGAUCAGCGAAGCUAACACCCUAUCAAACAAGUCCAAGUCGUCCGAUUUCUUCCGAGAGCACGGCCAUUUGAAGGAGGUCACUCGCCAAGAUGGCAAAAAUAUGGUUAAGGACAUCAUCAACUCGAUAUUCGACAAGGAGGCGGGCAAAUACGUUGCCUCAAGCUCGAGCUGCUCGAUCGUGACGGGCUUCGAGGGCAGCGAGCAUAUGGAUAAGCGGCUCAAGCAGUGGCACGACACACUGCGCGAUCGCGCCCGAGUGCAGGCGAAGAUCCAUCAGCGCGUCGGCCGCCGACCCGAGCAGAUGCUGUUGAAUCAGAGCGGCACAUUGGAUCAGCGCAACAAGGGCAACAUAAACCGUAUAAUAGACUGCGCUGAUCGCCUGAAUCCCACCCGCCUUGUGUCGCAACAGUACGGCGCUCUGCCCGCUCGUUCGGAUGCAAAGCAGUGCGUCUGUGUGCCAGAGGUGCAGCAGACGGUGCCACUGCUGGAACGCUCGGGCGUCGCUGACCUGGAAAUCACGGGGCUGAGUAACGCGACCAAUCUGGAAAUAUUUGGGCCGAAAAACGCACAGAAGGGCAAGACUAGUUGGAUCAAUUCGGUAGAGCUCGAGAAGAGUCUAAACUUGAAAUAUAUGGAUAUUGAUCGUGUCAUCGAAUUCUUUCCAGACAUGAGAACACUCGAAGUGAUUGGCAGUAAUGAAAAUUCAAUUCGAGAUCAUCAAUCAGAUAUAAAUCUGGUGGCAGCGAAGUCACUAUAUUCCGUGAGCUCCAUCACCGAAACGAACUCACCUGCAGAGGUUCAGACGCCACCUGUCCAGGUGCCCCUAGAGCCCAAGGUCGUCAAUGUGGGCCUCAAGGUCAACGAUAGAGAAUUCAUUAAGGACCGUGGCGAUUUUUUUCCCUCUGCACGCUUCGAGUACCACUUCGAGUGCUCGCCAUUCGAGCGGCAAUUCAAGCAGGUGAUGCGCCUCGAGAAUAUCGGGAAGAAUAUUUUGUUUUGUGAAUGGCUGCUGGCCGAUCCGCCGAUGCACUAUUGCCGCCGUUGCUUCUACUUUGAGCGAAAGCGAUUCCGAUUGUAUCCGGGCGAUGUGCACAUCAUCAAUGUCAUGUACCACCCGAGUGAGGUAUUCGUGGGCAAACAGUUUUGGAAGCUGCGAAUCUUUCCCCACAUCUUUUGCAGCCGUCGCAAUGGGCUGACGCUGCUGUUGGUUGGAAAGUGCGUGGCACCACCAGAGUAUCUGUACAAGAUCAACAGGCACAUGGAUCUGGUCACAGACAAGGCGAUCGAGGCGAGAACUCUCAGCCUGACCCAACUGCAUGCCGAGCUGGCGCCGCUUAUCAAGCCCCGCGAGCAGCUGCAUCCGUACGAGCGUACGCUCGACGAACGGGAGCAGUUCAAUAUCCAAAAUGUGGGCUAUCAUUGUGAACGGUUUGACGAUAUCGAAGCGCUGCGUGCUCUCUACAAUGAAGUGAAGCUGCCACGCGCGCCGGCGUGGGAUAUGCGCUUGGACACCAUCAAGCGAUUCAUAAUGCGGCUGCCCGAGCCCCAUAGGCGUGAGAUGUACUUUCAGAAUCUGCUUAACAUAUUGGACACGUUCCUCCGCACCGGAGAUCAGCAAUCCCCAAUGCACUCCGAGCACAGCAGUGAGCGGGAGCGUUCGUGCCUCAUCUAUGUGCGCGGCUGCAUUGGCAACGGCAUCGACGAGUGGGAGGAGCUGAUGAUGGGCAUCGAAGAGAGCUGCUUCAAGACCGAAAUACAUCGAUUCUAUACCAUCAAGGAUGACACGCCCAUCACGCCCGGCCUAAAGAAGCUCAAAGACGAACAUCCUGCAGUCUAUGUGCACAGACUGAUGCAGGGCAAGAAGUACUACAGAGAUGCGCUCUACAUGCACACUUACACACAGCUCUGUGACAUGGCCGAGAACGUGGUCUCGGUUAUCGAGAGCACACAGUACGUCUAA